AUGGCGAAAAACUGGAUAUAUCAGCAAGACAAUGCUUCCAUACAUAGAGCACAUGAGACCAGAACGUGGUUCAAGGACCAUGGAGUGGACGAUCUCGACUGGCCAGCCCGACCUUCGGACCUGAACCCCAUAGAGAACCUAUGGGCCAUUCUGGAAAGGACCGUAUACCCGUCCGCACGCCAAUUUUUGUCUACCAAAGAUCUUACUAGUUGCAUCAUGGAAUGCUGGGAGAAAAUUGAGGACGAAGUGCUGCAUAACUUGGUAGCGUCAAUGCCAAGGCGUUGUGCUGCUGUCAUGGUAAAACAGGGUUCGAAAACAAAGUACUAG